CGAGAUGCUAAUGGCCGCUGAGAUUGGAGGUGUUGAGUAGCCAAAGCUUUUGGAAUGCGGAUUAUGUUUUCCAGAAAAAGCCAAACUGCUUGACCACUUGGAUUGUUUUAUGCUCAUGCAAUGUUUGUGCUGGUCAUUUUCCCACUUCUCACCAAUAGAGAGUGUUGCUGAGCAGAAUGGAAUAUCUCCGAACUGAAAAAGAUCAUGGUCAGAAUGGAGAAAGCUGCCAUAUGUUUCCUGUGGCUCUAACCAUCUAUUGACAAGUGUGCAUCGCAAAAUCUAACCAUGGACAGUAAGGUAGCAAAUGGCACUGUGCUGAACACUGUUGUGUCCGAAGUAAAUACUGAUUUCCUUCCAGCUCUGAAAUCACUUCCAAUUUCAUCUGUGAAGCAAAACAGCGUCUUACAGUCCCUGGUGAGCAGGGGAGAGGAGGCUGAACGAGAAUAUGAUAGCGAAGAAUUGCUGAAAGCUGAACAGGAGUGGGAGGAGCUUGAAAACAUACAAACAGGACUCUUUUGUGAAAAACCAGGGCUACUGAGUGAUCUCCCUGGGCAAACACCAUUAAUCUCCUUUAACGAGGCGUUGCAAUACUUCCAGACAGCAGAUUUAUCGGAAUUUAGGACAAGGAUUCAACCCACAGUUCGGCGUUCUGGAUUCUCUGCAAUUUCACAUUUUCUUUUUGGACCCCCAAGGCUUAACCGAGAACUUCAUGCGGAGCGUGAUUUGGUGCUGGCAAUAGCACAGUGUCCCCUGGACAGUGGUCAGCAAGUUCACAUCAGAGUCCUACAGACCAUUUACAAAAGGCUGACUGGAGCCCGGUUUGACUGCCCUCUGUAUGGAUCACAUUGGGAGCAACUGGGAUUCCAAGGUCUAGAUCCUGGAACAGAUUUAAGAGCAGCUGGACUCCUGGGUCUAAUGCACCCACUGUACAUGGUAAUGGAACCCAGAACCUUACCCCUCGCACAUGAUAUUUACCGUUUGUCACAGCAUCACACACAGAACUUUCCUUUCUGUAUAAUGUCAAUCAAUAUUACCAGGAUCUGCAUCCAGGCUUUGAGAGAAGAGCGGGUAUCUCGGGAAUGUAAUCGCAGACAACAAGUCUUUGCUGUGCAUAAUGAUUUUUAUGUGGCCAUUUUUUACCACCUCUACCACAUGUGGAAAACUCAGAACAAAACUAUCAGUGACUCCGGUUUUGUCCUCAAAGAAGUUGAAUCUUUGGCCAAGAGAAAGCCGAAAGAACUACUGCGCCAGCUGGAAUUCCACCUGAGAGAACGUCCUCUGCCAAAAGAUCUACCUCCUGAGAUUUGGUCCCAGUACUCCACAGCACCAGGCAGCCCCAAUCAUGGAGGUAGCUACAGGCACAGUGAAGAGGGAAUUUGCUUCACUGGAGUCUGUGAGCAACAAGUACAAGAAGAUCGGCUCAUAUAGGAUCUCAUUUGUAAAUGAAUGGAAAGUGCACACAGAGAGUACAGAUGGUAUAAUUCUAACCAUAGAGUACCCAUUGCUGGAAUUGCUCUGUCUCCAUCACAAUGUCUCCCAGCUAGACUGUAGCGUGUAGACUGUAGAGCAGGUUGAUCCUAAGAGACGCAUCCUAAUCUGCUGGUCAAGCAUGAGACAUGAGUAAGAGGUGCCAGGUCUUUAUAAACAACAAAAACAACAAGCUUUGAUCUGGAAUCAAAUACCAGAUAGGUAGAGGCUAGUACACGUAGCAAGGGUGCAAUCUGCAUGUUUUCAAAUCUGGAAGCAGGUAUCAUGUGAUCCAAACAAAUCCGAAGUGUAGUAAACUCGCUUUAAUGCAGUGUGUAGUCUGCACAGUAAGCCUGGCAUUCCCCGGGUAAUCCAAAAGAAAACCCUUAGAUAUGCAGAAAAGGUUGUCCUAUAUGUGGAGCCUUCUAGUGAAAUAGUCAAGUUAUGAGGUGGGAAUUUCUGAAGACAAAAAAUAACAAACACUUGUUAAUGUUUCAGUUACCUAAAGUCCAGUUUGUGAAGAAGCUGGUCACAGCCUCAGAACAUGGAUUAUUCAAAGAUUCGGCUAUUUUGCUUUAUCCAGUGCUUCUGAUGCAGAAUUCUCUUACGAAUUGAGCCUUCUGUUCUGGACUCUGAGUAAUUAUAGGUUGAUCUAAUUGCUUCUGCUACUUUUUAAUGUUCAUAGAUUAUUCAAAGUAACAAGUUUGAAGGCUAUACAGCUGGAAGUCUGGCUUCCAUUUCUCACAACCUCACAAGUUAAAACACUGGUCUGUUGGUUAAAACAUCCUUGUUGAUUUAGUGGAAUGUAACUAGUACAAUGUUUUUGUUUUGGGAUAUAUAUAUAUUUUUUAUAUUUAGAGGCACUUUUAAGACAGGCAUAUACCCAACUUUCUCCUAAAAGGAAAGCGAAAACCCAGGUUCCAGAGGUACACUCAAUAGGAAAAUUUCCUUUAUGAUAAAUAUACAUUUUAUUGUUAAGUGAAAAAGUGUUUGAGCCGGUGAGUGCAAAACUCGCUUUAUCUAUUUAUUGUGCUAACAAAAUUGUAAAGUCGCAUAUAGAUCACACAUAAAACGAAGCAUUUGUGCAAUGAUCACACCAUGUGACAUAACGCUGUGGCCUCAUGCAGAUUUCCUGCUAAAUCUAUUCCACAUGGAGCUUCACAAGCUAUUAAAACUCUUGUUGUCAUGUUCUGCAAUAGGGAGAGCUAUUUAGAACAUAUAUACCCCAACACCAAUCACCUGACAGAUACCAGAUAAACUGUCGCAAUAAAAUGUGCCUUCCCUAACCCUUCUCUCUGUGGGAUUACAUAUAAUGUAGCUCAAAUGCCCUCCAUAUGAUAACGAGAAAGGUGGUCCGUCCUUAACCCUUUAGAUGUGCUAUAAUGGCUGCUCACCCAUUGAAGGGUUAAAGCAUCAUGUAAGAUAGGCUAUUGCAUUGUUGAUAAACCCAGAUGGAAUUAAAGUUUGAUAGAUUGUUUUGAUAUUUAUGAUGUAGAUUGCAUGGAUGAGGCUAUUUCCCCGGCCUGCAGCCAUCACUAUAUGGUUAUUGCAGGGAAUGUAAGCGAUCAGUGCAAUGCCCAUUUUUUAGGUUUGCAGUCAGUUUGAAUGUCAACAAAUCGUCUCUGAAUAUUUAUUUCAAAACCCCCAUUAAAUGCCCUCUUUGCACUCUACUAUUUGUAGUGGUAACAUUUUAUAUUGCACUGUUUUCAAUACCUACAUACAAUUGUUUCAGUACAGAGUAACAACUAUGUUGACCCAUUCUCUCACAUCUUGUGACAGCAAUAGUUCUUGCUUCCCCCUUUGUUGAUCUUUUUAACCUAUGUUCCCUGUUAUAGCGGUUUGUUUUAUUCAUUUAAUUUGCCUUUUUUUUUUAAACCUAUUUUACUUUCCCCUUGUCUCCUUGUACGAUUAUUUCCUUUCUGCCAUCCUGUGUGAGAGUGCAUAUCCACCACUUCCUACACUACAAAUUCAUGUUGCCUUGCCAAAUAAGAGUAUUUCACCUCCUGCGUUAGCUCUAUUACAAUCUCUCUGAACACGAAACUAAUCCAAGUUACUUUUAGUGACAAGCAUUCUCCCCACUUCCCUCCUACCACACACAUCUCAAUUUUAACAUUUUCUAAUUCUGCUCCCAGUCACUUACCAGUAGGUCUCUGCACUUAUGCCCCAACAUUUAUCUAACCUAUCUAUUCAAUUUAUUCCAGCCAUCUCAUCUUUAAUCAUCUUAAAUCAGGUGUCUGCUCUCUGAAAUGGUCCUAACCAAAGUCACUAACAAUUUGAUUACUUAACGGAAAAGGUUUGUUUGUUUGUUUGUUUUUGUUUUCUUUCAGGUUUUUUUUCUUCUCCUUAAAAUCUCUGCUACUUUUGAUCAAAUUAAUUUGGUUUUCAUCAUACCUCUCCCCAUGUUUCUUUAGUGUUUCCUUUUUUGGGGGCAACCUUCUAACCACUAACUGUUUUAUUGGAGCCCCCCUUCCCCACUGUCCUCCUAUAUGCUGAUACCACUCUCUGAUCUCUUUUUCACCCCCUGGUACAUUUCACUAACUGUCUAAGAGACUGACUCUUCCUGAAACACAUUCUUUCUAAAAUUUAGCUUCUUAUCUUUCCUCCUUUUCAUAGAAACAAUUCUUUAUCACUCCCCUGCAGUCUAUUAACUCAAACCAUCAAAGCUUACUGCUGUGGUGUUAUUUUCUAAUUCGUUUUUUUUUUAUUUGCCGUUUUAUAUACUCAUUGUAAAGCACUGUGGAGUGCUGUAUAUAUGAUGAUGGUGACUAAUUCUUUUUCAUGGUCACGCAGAGGUGGGGAUCCCAUCUAAGUGUUCUUUUAUUGGUUUUGGAGUACAUAUUGAAUAGUUUAAUCUUUGAUUACAGUAAAAGUACCAUUUACACAUUCAAGUACUCCUUGUUCACCUCUGCAAUCACUGGUGAUCUAAAUUAUUAAAAGUGGGGUAGUCACCAUGGAAACUAGUGGCACAUUCCACUGGUGACUCCUCUUCUCUUGUAUUUAUUUGCACCAUUU